AGCUGCUACAACCGAAAAACCAUCAGUUCGAUGUUCAUAUGUUCAUCCUCCAUUCUUGGUUCUAACCCAUAUUUCCUCUCUUCAACUUUAAACCAACCAACCUGAUUCACUAUUCCGAUUUGUUUUCAACAAAGAAUCGACCAUAACCUCCUUAAUUGAUACAUAGGUAAUCUGUCAAUUCAACAAUUAGGAGGCGAUCUUCUUGACGCCCGCGACUGAUCAAAACAGUCCCUUGUCUUCUUCUCUACUAUUCCGAAACCCCACCAUCCACCACCGUUUACCAUCUUUCAUCCAUUAACCAUCAACCAUCACAUCAGCCCAUAUCACAUCCUCAUCCUGCUUUCUGCGACGAACAUCCUCCCGAGUUCUAACCGAGACGCGCUAACGACGCGAACCUGCUAAUCCGAAUUUGAAAUCGAUUCUCGAUCAUUCUUAUUCCUCAUCAUUCCAUCUUUUCUCCUCGAUAAUCGUAAUAAAAACAGCAACCAUGUCGCAGCAACCGACAGCGCCAAUGCUUAUCAACGUUCCUCCACCGCCAUCUAACCCAGAGACGCCGUCGGAUAUGCCUGGAACGCCGACGAGUACUACAACCUCCCUCUCCGCCCUCUCCACGACUGCUAUCAAGGAUGGCCAUCGAGGCCAUGCCUUCCAUAACCUCGGAGGUCCCCGGCAUCAACACCAUUCAUCUACGAAUUCCCUUGAAGCCGAACGGGCUGAUCGAAUUAGCCGGCUUGCCGGCCUCGAACGUGUUUCUACUCUCCGCGCCCCUAACCAAAACCAACACGGCGGGAAUGGCAAUGUCGCACAGCCUGCGCCCGUUCCAACGGCCGCUCAACAGGCAGCAGCGGCUGCUGCCGGUCUAACGCCCGCCUUCUUUGAUUCGAACGGUCAGCCGACAGCUUUGACUAAGAUAAGCACUGUUGGUACGGCUUCUGCGACGGGUAGUGUCGGUGCGCGAACCACAACUGAGGCGGAGCAAUUUGCCGACGCUGAUAUGGACGCCGAUCUGACUGAGGUCGAUGAGGAUGGCAUGUCCAUGGAUACGAACUACCGCACUAUGGAUGUCGACUCUACCUCUGGCCCCAUGGACCCCAUGGACGAGGACAUAUCAAGUCGCUCGGUUGGAGGCUUUGAAGACCGUAUGAGUGAUGAUGGUACCGCCAGCCUUGUCGCCUUUGGCGAGGGCGCAAACAGCACAGUCAGUGGGCCCAUUUAUCACCGCCGACCUCUACCCGGUACCGCUGGCGCAACUGGCAUCUGGGCCUUGGAAAGAAGCAGCUCUGGUCUUAGUCAAGAGGCCAUGAAUCGUAAUCGAGAUAUGCGCGACAUAGGAAACGACACCCCUAUCAGCGCAUCCGCCGCAGCAGAGACACGUCAAGCCAAGUACGUCGAUGGUGUGGCCGUCGAUGGUGGCGGCCACGUCGGUACAUCGGAUGAUGAUGUCUUUGUCGACACCACAACCCGAGGACCUGUACCCGUUCAACCCGGCCAACCCCGAACCAGCGCACUCCGUGAAGGUGUGGGUGGUCCUGCUACAAGGGAAGCCGCCGAGCGCAUCAUCCGAGAACGUCUUGAUAGUGGAGAAAACACACGCGCCCCAGUCCUAGGUAACCCCUCCGGCAAAGAUGGAGAUAAGCUAGGCAAGUUCUACUUCGAGGAGAAGAAGUAGAGUCAGCCGGACAACGGAGCAGGCACUAAUGGGAGUGGGCCUGAACAGUGCGCAGUUGAUUACUAGGUUUUCUUUUACAUGCUUCUAUUAUAGGAUGGAAUGGUGUUGUAAUGGCGUAACGCGGACAAGAUAAAAUACCACUAAACCAUGGCACAAUAGUGGUAAGGGUGGUUCAACCAACUGUCUUUUUUACCCGCCUACUACUGGAUGAUAUGGUUUUUCUUAUCGUACGAGGGCGGGAACCUGGACCUGGAGGAGGCAUACAUGGGGAUACAAAUCGCAGAUCACGGCUUUGACCGUGUAUUACCUGCGAUGGCUUGAUACUUCAGAAGAAUAGGAAAGAAGAGGUAAGGGCUAUUUUGAUUAGGAUGGUCCUACUUGUAUGUUAGGUGAUUUGUCGGCUUGGGCAUAGGGCGGGCGGUUUUAUGGUCAAACCCGAGGCCCAGGAUUGCUUUUAAUACGACGUUGGACGGAUUUGCCGUUGAGUUACUUUUAUGAAGGUUUGUGUUCUGUCUGGGCAUAACAGCGAUGUUAGGAUCCUUCGUGUGCUUGGUGAGACGAUAUGUAUGAAUAUGUAGCCUGCAAGGAAUGCGAUCAUGAGGAUACCUCGGUUUCUUAAUAGGUCCUUUCGAAGUGGAACUUAUCCACUCUAGAAUCUAGAUG